AUGUUUCUCCCGCGGCACGGCGCGUCGCAGCGCGCACGGCGCCACGUCCACAUCCUAUACCCACCCGCACUCCGCCUGACGCCUCCCCAGUGCAAGCCGUCGCGCACAUCGCGCUCUGCGAUUGGCUGGUCGGUCGAGGGCCGACUGGCGUGCAGGCUCGUGCAGGGGGCAAGCAGCGCGGGGCUCCGUCUUUCCCCGCACUCCAUGAACUCGUCUUGUCUGGCCCCUUGUCUCCCCUUGUUCUUCUCCCGCUUUCUCUUCAUCCUCCUCCUUCUCUCGCUGUCAUCUGCGUUGGCUCCUGCUCAUUGUAUCGCCUCGGCCAUGGGGGUCUCACGGUGGACUGCCGCGGGCUGGGUCGCUCUCGCCUGGAUUCUGACAGCUGGCCCCGACAGAAUGCGCUCUCUCUUCGAGUCGUACUGUAGGCCAGGCCUCGUACAACGCCCUCGAGUGCACGGAUUUUACGAAGAAGCCAUUGCACGCGGCAUGUCCUCACCCUCCCCUCAACUACCCGCUGACACAUGCAUGCACUACUGGACUGCAGAGCGCGCACUCGACGCGCGCGCACGACAUGGGUCGGAUUCGUCUUUGCUGGCCUCAACACGUAUGUCGUGGCACCUCGUCAGGUUUCUGCGCAACGCCAACCGCGACGGCGUUGGGCUUCCACUCUCUCGCUGCUUAGCUUGCUACCCACGGCCAUGCACACACAAACAGGCGCCCCUUGUCCGACUCAGGCGACCUGCCACCCAGUUCCACACACGUGCUCCGCGAUCGACCCGACCAGCUGCCCAAGUGCUCAUAUCUGCUUGCCUCGAGUCGCGCGAUAUACUUGGGUCCUCGACAUCCUCGCAGGCACGUGUUCAGCACCGCGACACGCCCAAGGAGAUGCCCUCGUCGUGGAUGACAGGCCUGCGUUCCGCCGGCGCGCUGCCCGCAGGGUCGCCUCAGGCUCUCUGGACGCCGCAAGACCGACCGACAAUAUCCACGUCGCUGAUUGAUCCUUAG